AUGAAAUCGAAUAAUUUGCCCUUAACAGUUGAGAAUUUUUUAUUAACAUUUAAAGAAUGUUUUACUGUUUGGCUCAAUCAAAUCUUGUAUUACAAUCAUGUCUAUGAACAAUUAACUUUUGAUCAAUUUAAAUCGUUUGAUUUAAUCAUUUAUAAAAACCGUAAUCCUCAACUACAAGGUUAUAUUGAACAAUUAAUUAUUAAUGUUAUAAACCAAUUGAUUAUCAAUCAAAACCAGUCACUGCCAAAACAAAAACGAAAGAAACCACAAGAAUCAUUUAAUGGAUUAUAUGGUAUUAAUUGUUUGAUUUAUCAUACCACGGACAAUACCGUAGUCAAACAAUACACCAUUAAUUUCCAUCAGUUUAUUAUCAAUUUGAACGAUACUAUAAAUGAGUUGAAGCUUAAUGAUAAGAAUGAAGACAAGUCAGCAGUUAUAAAUAUUGAUAGUUUAAAUUGGGAUGAAAUUUAUACUCAAUAUAGUACUAUCUUAUUUCAUCAUAUUCAACAGUUAAAAGUUCAUGAACAGAACUUGAUUAAAUGGAGACAACAAGACCGGGGAGUUGACGACUUGUUCUUCAAAAUUACAGUUGAUGUUGAUCAGCUGUUAUACAUUAAUAAUUAUGGUAAUUGGGUGAGAUUAAAGCGCCACGACAGCAAUAAUAGUGGAGAAAACGAGACACAGAGUGUUUUUGAAUCUAUUGGAGAUGUUAAUCUUGAAAUUUUGAAUUUCAAUUGUUAUAACAUAGUUUUUACUUAA